UACUUAUUUGACUUGUACAAUCCAACAUUUAUCUUUCUCAUUGGUUGUCUCUCUCUUUGUUUUUGCAAAAUGGAAUCAAGCAAAGCUCAGGGAAAGAGGAGCUUCAAGUACAAGAUGGAGGAGGAUGAGGACCAGGAGGAGGAAGAGGAGGAGGAUGAAGAUAGUGGUAGCGGAUUAGGGUUUGGAGAGGAUAAUGAAACGAAGAAAAGAGCCAUGACCACUACUUCUUCGUCAAGCAAGAGAGGAUCUAGUGCAGGAGGGUCAACGCGGCCGUGUUGCCAAGCCGACAACUGCAAUGCUGACUUGACCGACGCAAAACACUACCACCGGCGCCACAAGGUCUGUGAGUUCCACGCCAAGGCUCCGGUCGUCCUGGUGGCUGGACACCAGCAGCGCUUUUGCCAACAAUGUAGCAGGUUCCAUGGGUUAUUAGAGUUUGAUGAAAAUAAAAGGAGUUGCCGUCGACGUUUGGCUGGACACAAUGAGCGUCGUAGGAAAAGCUCAUCUGACUUUCAAGGAGAAGGCUCCAACUAAAGAAAAGCACAUCAACGCAUUUAUAGAGGGAGAAUAUGUCUAUCUAUCUAUCUAUCUAGUUCCCAUAAAUUGCCUCUUUCCAAACCAAAAAUUAAUAUUCUGGUUAGUAAAAGAAAGACCGAUCCAUUGUGAUCUUACUAUGCUCUCUCUCUUCUGUCAACCCCUUAAUAUUAGCUUCUACUAAUAAUAUAUAGACGACCUGUCAGUCGUCUUUACUCUUAAGAUCAUCGAAUAUGUUUGUAUUCGAGAGAUAUUUGCAACUGUAAUCAAAAGAUUAUAUGCCUAACAAACUAGAUCAAUAUUAGGCAUCGAUUUUUCCUCUUCGUUGGUGGGCAACGAUUGAGAAAUUUAUCAUAGCCAGCAAGCCACGUACCCAUAUGAUCGUCUGAUGAGUUUGAGAGGGAUGUUUUCUAUCCAGUGCUCAAUAUGUAAUAUUAAUGAAUUAAAGGAAAUAUUUCUCCAUA